AUGGAUAUUUGGACGGUACUUUUGAGUAUUUUGGUCAUUAUAAUUGUGUAUCUUCAUUAUGAAUAUGGCAAAGUAAAAUAUUUUGAAAAACAUGGAAUUCCACAUAACAAACCAUGGCCGUUAUUGGGAAAUAUUGGAGCAUUAUUGCUCAAGAGAAGAUCAAUGUUUUACUAUAUCCAAGAUUUAUAUAAUUUAAAUAAGGACGCUCAAUACGUUGGCUUUUAUGAUUUUGCUAAUCCAACUUUCAUUAUACGUAAUCCCAAAUUGAUCAAAUCAAUUACUAUUAAAAAUUUUGAUCAUUUUGUUAAUCAUCAUGCAGUUGUUGAUGCAGAAAUGGAACCACUUUUUGGUAACAAUCUUCCUUCAUUGCACGAUGAUAGAUGGCGAGAAGUAAGAAAUCUUUUGACACCUGCAUUUACAUCAAGUAAAAUGAAAGGAAUGUUUAAAUUAAUGCUAAAUAUUGGUGAAAAUUUUGUUGACUAUCUCGUGGAAGAUUCAAAAAAUAAACCACUUGAAAUAAAUUCAAAAGAUGCAUUUUGUCGUUAUACAAAUGAUGUUAUAGCAACAUGUGCAUUUGGAAUAUCAAUAAAUUCAAUGAAAGAUAAAGAUAAUCAAUUUUAUGCACUUGGUAGAAAAGCUACAAACUUUGACGUAUUAGCUUUAAUAAAAAUGCUAUGUAUACACAAUUUUCCAAAUUUAUCAAAAUUAUUUAACAUCCAAAUUAUAGACAGUAAAGUAAAUGAAUUUUUUCAAAAAAUCGUAGAAGAUACAAUUCGUUCAAGAGAUGAGAAAAGAAUAACUAGACCAGACAUGAUUCAACUGAUGAUGGAGACAAGAGCUAAUGAAACUCUUUCAAUUCAGGAUAUGACAUCGCAAGCUUUCAUUUUCUUUUUUGGAGGCUUUGAAGCAUCAUCAAGCCUCAUGUCAUUUGUUGUACAUGAAAUUGCUGCUAAUCCUGAAGUUCAAAAAAAACUCCAAAAGGAAAUUGAUGAAAUGUUUAAAAAAACAAAUGGAGAUGUGACAUAUGAAGCUGUAAAUGGACUUGUUUAUCUUGAUGCAGUAAUUAAUGAAGCACUUAGAUGCUAUCCCAUCAUUGGCGUUAAUGAUAGAGUUUGUACGAAAAGUUUUGAAUUACCUCCAACGUUACCAGGAAAAAAACCACUUCGUCUUGAACCUGGUGAUCGUAUAUUGUUUCCAGUAUAUCCAAUUCAGAGAGAUCCAAUUUAUUUUGAUGAUCCAGAUAAAUUUAAUCCCGAUCGAUUUAUUGAAGACCCUCAAGGCACUUUGCAUUCACCAGCAUACAUGCCAUUUGGAUUAGGUCCACGAAUGUGUAUUGGAAAUCGAUUUGCAUUAUUAGAGACUAAAGUAUUAUUAGUGUAUCUUGUUGCUAAAUGUCAACUUAAACCAAGCAAAAAAAUGAGAAUGCCACUUGAGCUCAGUAAUGCCAUGACAAUGACUGCUAAAGGAGGUUUCUGGUUGGAAAUACAACCAAGAAAAAUGAAAUAUUUUGAAAAACAUGGAAUUCCACAUAAUAAACCAUGGCCACUCCUGGGAGAUAUGGGAGUACCAUUGCUUACGAGAAGAUCAGUAUUUCAAUAUAUUCGAGAUGUAUAUAAUUUAAAUAGCGACGCUCAAUACGUUGGUUUAUAUCAAUUUAGUAGACGAAUAAUAUUAAUCCGUAAUCCAGAAUUAAUUAAAUCAAUUACAAUUAAAAAUUUUGAUCAUUUUGUUAAUCAUCUCGCGAUUGUUGAUCCAAAAACAGAACCACUUUUUGCUAAUAAUCUUAUUUCGUUGCACGAUGAUAAAUGGCGAGAAGUAAGAAAUCUUUUGACACCUGCAUUUACGUCAAGUAAAAUGAAAGGAAUGUUCAAGUUAAUGACAAAUAUUGGUGAAAAUUUUGUUGACUAUCUCGUGGAAGAUUCAAAAAAUAAACCACUUGAAAUAAAUUCAAAAGAUGCAUUUUGUCGUUAUACAAAUGAUGUUAUAGCAACUUGUGCAUUUGGAAUAUCAAUAAAUUCAAUGAAAGAUAAAGAUAAUGAAUUUUAUACACUUGGUAGAAAAGCUUCAAUAUUUGAAGGUUUCUCAGCCAUACUAAAAAUGAUGUUUAUACUAAAUUUUCCAACUUUAACAAAAUUAUUUAACGUUAGACUUAUUGACAGUAAAGUAGAUAGAUUUUUCCAAACAGUUGUAGAAGAUACAAUUCGUACAAGAGAUGAAAAAGGAAUAACAAGACCAGACAUGAUUCAAUUGAUGAUGGAGACAAGAGCUAAUAAAACAAGACCACCUUUAUCAAUUCAGGAAAUGACAUCACAAGCUUUUACUUUUUUUUUUGGAGGCUUUGAAACAUCAUCAAGCCUCAUGACAUUUGUUGUACACGAAAUUGCUGCUAAUGAGGACAUUCAAACAAAACUACAAAAAGAAAUUGAUGAAAUGUUUAAAAAAACAAAUGGAGAUGUAACAUAUGAAGCUGUAAAUGGACUUGUUUAUCUUGAUGCAGUCAUUAAUGAAGCACUCAGGUGCUAUCCCAUUACUGGAGUUUUUGACAGAGUUUGUACAAAAAGUUUUGAAUUACCUCCAACGUUACCAGGAAAAAAACCACUUCGUCUUGAACCUGGCGAUUAUUUAUGGUUUCCGGUUUAUCCAAUUCAGAGAGAUCCAAUGUAUUUUGAUGAUCCAGAUAAAUUUUAUCCUGAUAGAUUUGUUGAAGACCCUCAAGGCACUUUGCAUUCACCAGCAUACAUGCCAUUUGGAUUAGGUCCACGAAUGUGUAUUGGAAAUCGAUUUGCAUUAUUACAGACAAAAGUAUUAUUAGUGUAUCUUGUUGCUAAAUGUCAACUUAAACCAGUGAUGGAUAUUUGGACGGUACUUUUGAGUAUUUUGGUUAUUAUAAUUGUGUAUUUUUAUUAUGAAUAUAGCAAAGUGAAAUAUUUUGAAAAACAUGGAAUUCCACAUAACAAACCAUGGCCAUUAUUGGGUAAUAUGGGAGCAUCAUUUCUUCAUAAAAAAUCAAUGUUUCAAUAUCUUCAAGAUUUGUAUAAUUUAAAUAAGGACGCUCAAUACGUUGGUUUUUAUGAUUUUAGUUACCCAACUGUAUUUAUACGUAAUCCAGAAUUAAUCAAAUCAAUCGCUAUCAAAAAUUUUGAUCAUUUUGUUAAUCAUCGUGCAGUUAUUGAUCCAAAAACAGAACCACUUUUUGGUAAUAAUCUUAUUUCAUUGCACGAUGAUAGAUGGCGAGAAGUAAGAAAUCUUCUGACACCUGCAUUUACAUCAAGUAAAAUGAAAGGAAUGUUUAAGUUAAUGUCAAAUAUUGGUGAAAAUUUUGUUGACUAUCUCGUGGAAGAUUCAAAAAAUAAACCACUUGAAAUAAAUUCAAAAGAUGCAUUUUGUCGUUAUACAAAUGAUGUUAUAGCAACAUGUGCAUUUGGAAUAUCAAUAAAUUCAAUGAAAGAUAAAGAUAAUGAAUUUUAUACACUUGGUAGAAAAGCUACAAAGUUUGAGGGAUUAGCCGUUAUAAAAAUCUUGUUUAUACAAAAUUUUCCAACUUUAACAAAAUUAUUUAACGUUAGACUCAUUGACAGGGAAGUAGAUAAAUUUUUUAAAAAAAUAGUAGAAGAUACAAUUCGAACAAGAGAUGAGAAAGGAAUAACUAGACCAGAUAUGAUUCAAUUGAUGAUGGAGACAAGAGGUAAUAAAACAGGAACAACUCUUUCAAUUCAAGAAAUGACAUCACAAGCUUUUAUUUUCUUUUUUGGAGGCUUUGAAUCAUCAUCAAGCCUCAUGUCAUUCGUUGUACAUGAAAUUGCUGCUAAUCCUGAAGUUCAAAAAAAACUCCAAAACGAAAUUGAUGAAAUGUUUAAAAAAACAAAUGGAGAUGUGACAUAUGAAGCUGUAAAUGGACUUGUUUAUCUUGAUGCAGUCAUUAAUGAAGCACUCAGAUGCUAUCCCAUUGCUGGAGUUCUUGACAGAGUUUGUACAAAAAGUUUUGAAUUACCUCCAACGUUACCAGGAAAAAAACCACUUCGUCUUGAGCCUGGCGAUUGUAUAUGGUUUCCGAUCUAUCCAAUUCAAAGAGAUCCAAUGUAUUUUGAUGAUCCAGAUAAAUUUAAUCCUGAUAGAUUUGUCGAAGACCCUCAAGGCACUUUGCAUUCACCAGCAUACAUGCCAUUUGGAUUAGGUCCACGAAUGUGUAUUGGAAAUCGAUUUGCAUUAUUAGAGACUAAAGUAUUAUUAGUGUAUCUUGUUGCUAAAUGUCAACUCAAACCAGGUAAAAAAAUGAUUAUGCCACUUGAGCUCGGUAAUAGCAUGAUGAUGACUGCUAAAGGAGGUUUCUGGUUGGAAAUACAACCAAGAAAAAAAUAAACAGCUAUAAUCAUAAAUAGCUCAAUUUAUUUAAUAUAUUUUUGGCAAAAAAAAAAUGAAUCAUGUAAUACAAUGAGAAAAAAAAAUUGAUGAUAUGAAUUUCAAGAGUCAAGAUUCAAGUGAAUCAAUUUAUAAAUUAUUUUCUAUAAUUCAAGAAUAGUACGAUAAAGUUUAGAUUUAAAAAAAAUUACAUUAUGAUUCGAGAAUUUUUAUUUUUAUCAUCUUUCAAUGAUAAAAAUUCUACCAGUCAAAACUUUAUCUUUCAGUGCGUAUGGUAAUUUUUUUGUCAUACAUUUAUCAUAAAAGGGACCGUCAGACAAGCUUACAUAAUACUCACAUGGAGUCUAAGUGAAAACGAAAAGCUGACACGCUUGUUGAACCUCUAGAGAUCAUUUCAUGUGUAAAAUAUUAAAACAAAAAAAAAAUUAAUAUAAAACCACACACAAACUUUAUUUUUUUAUAUUAUAUAUUUUUUUUUCUCUUUCAAAUAAAAAAAAAUUAUUUCAAACGAGUAAAUAAUAGAAUAAAAAUUUGCAAUAUUCAAUAGAAAAUAAUAAAUAAUAUUAAAAUGUAAUUUAUAUAAAAUAUUUAAUCGAAAAUUUUCAAUAACAAAAUAAUAAUAAAUUUCAAUUUAUAAAACUUUCGCGUUUGUAUAUUUAACGUUUGUAUCAUUCAAAUAAAUUUACAUCCGGUUCAUCAAAGAACUAUCGGAUGUGUUUUUAUAAUUUAAAAAAAAAAAAAACAUUUCUAAUCAAACUCACCGAAGUAUAUGCUCACCCAAAACGAAAUUCCAUGUAGCGGAAAAGAAAGAAAAAAAAAAAACGUGCAAUAAGUGAAAUUGUAUAAUUUGUUUCUCUCAAAAAAAAAACCAAUAACUUUUUUAUUCCAUUUUGCAUAAUAAUUUUGUAUAAUAUUUACAACCAAAUCAAACUUGCUUCAGUUGAUUUGGACUCUAUUAUAAUAUCAAGAAAAU